ACGUUGAGAAUCGCAAGCAAAAAUCCGGGAAUCCUCCAAAAUUCGAGAUCAAGCAUCAUCAUCACCGGGCGUUGCUUCCAAGUUUUUUUUUUCUAUCUGACUGCUCCUGGCAGGAUUGUUGGAAACGCAAUUUCAACCCACAGAGACUGAAUUUGGGAGAGAGCCAUAUUUGCGAAUAUCCACCAUCUUUAUUUUCCGACGUUGCGAAGUGUUUCGAGUGAAAAGUGAAAAUUAUCGGUUAUCGAGGCGGAUUUCGUUAAGAAUUUGAAACCGGAAAUCGGAACCGAGAAUCGCGGAAUUGUUUCGGGAGUGUUCGCGUUGGCCAUCCGGGCCUUUUCUCGAGUCCGGAUGGAAAUGUGGCCUCGACGAGAUGGCCCAGCCCGGGGUUGAUGAAAAUUUUCCACCGUCGUUGUGUCUCCCGGUGGCCAUCGAAGCCACAGCGAUUUGGCCUCGGCGAGGGCCCCAGAUCUUUUCGAACGGCGGAACCUAGCACAAUUGGAUUUUUAAAAUGGAUGAAAAUCUGGUUCCAACUAAUUACUGCUGGGUGCCUGCAUCACCAUCCUUACGCCCACGUGGAAAAAUCGCCCUGAUUGAGCGAUAAAAUCUUUACUAAGGUCCCAUGUGAAGAAGAAACUAUGAAUCAAGGAUAUAAGAGAAGAUUCCUACUGGAACUGGUCAUCACCGAUUUCAGCACCUAAAAAACCAAACGAACUAAGCUUAAAGUCAGGUGAAAAAGUUACCUACCAGUUCGAGUCACAAAGUGUACCAAAAAAAAAAAUAGCAUUGCUAAGUGUUAAAAAGAGUGUUUUUUCGAAAAUCUGGAACAAUUUUGUGAGAAGUUCAUCUGAAGAAAAGUGCCAAGCCAAGAGUCUUGGAGUGUAUGGUGUGUGAUUCCUAUUUUAGAGAAGUGCAAUAAGCUUGGGCUUAAAAAUAGCCCUCAUAAAGAAGCAACCAACCGGAUCAAAUUUGUGACCACCCCCGGAUUAUUCUUUACACGAAGGCGACUACACGAACACUCUGACAAGCUCAGAGGAAAAAAAACGAAAGAAAAAGUACCCCGAAUCGCUCAAGGAUUAACCAAGGAGCGAUAACUAAGAAGGAGAGCCAACAAAAAAGGGAAGCAACAACCACAAGAAGAAAAAAAGACCACUAACAUUUGCUGCAACGGAAUUUUGUGUCCUUCCAGCUGGCCCAGUGUUGUUGUUGUUGUUCUUGUUGUUGAACCAUGAUGAUGAUGAGUAGCCAGCAUCAUCAUCGUCGCUGGAUUUUGGGGAACUGUUUGGUCCUGCUGUUGAGUAGUAGUGAACGAAGACAAAGUUUUUGGAGCGGUGGCAUUCGGCAUGUCUCGGGGCGGCAUCAUCGACGACUCAUCGGAACCGUGGCCACACUGCUCUCGGCCCUGCUGCUGGUCAUCGGAGUCGUGGUCUGCGACGAGGACACGACUCCCCAUCCGCUGGAUGACAGCCGGCGCUUCUCCCAACCUAUACUGUACCCCGGUGCGAAUCAGUUCACCGGCCCACGUCAGCUCUAUCCCUCCGGUAAGGUAAAAGCGACGGAGGGACGGGCCGGCAAGAUAAAGCCAACUCCGAAACCUAAAAUGCGAAACCCGCCACUUCCGCUGGGCAAGGUUGUCCUAGCUCCAAGGCCUCCGGUUCCACCGAUGAAUGUCCCCACAUUCCCGAACCAGGUGAUACCCGACUGGCGAAGUCACCGGCGGCCAUCGGUUCCAAUCUACGUGCCACCCGGUUACGGUACCAUUCACCACGGGAUCAACAAGCCUCCGGGCGGAGAACGACCCGCUGAUUUCUUCCCAUUUCACCAUGGGAACUACGAGACCUACGAUAAGGUCUUCGUUCCGGAACUGGAACUUUUGGGUGAGGGAUCAGUAGGAAAUGGCGAAAAUGCCUCCGGGGUAGAUAACUGCGCCCUCAAGUGUGAACCGAAGGAGUUCAAGUGCGACAAAAGCUGUGCCUGCGUCCACAUGGAUCUGCACUGUAACGGGCAGGCGGACUGUAUCCUAUCCGAGGAUGAGCAGAACUGCGAAGUGGUGCAACAGGAGCUGCUGAAACAGAUGAAGGAAAGCUGCGAAGCCUCGGGAACGCACGUGAUCUGUGCCACCACCUAUACCUGCAUCUCGAAGGAGUGGCUUUGCGAUGGGGACGAUGAUUGUGGAGAUUACACGGACGAAACGCACUGCGGUAACCGGCACGAGUGCACUGAGGGCAAGUUCGAGUGCCAGAACGAGCUGUGCAUCCCGCGGGAGUGGGUCUGCGACGGGGACAACGACUGCAACGAUCUUUCUGAUGAGCGGAAUUGCACACGACAGUGCACCCAGGACGAGUUCCGGUGCCACGAUGGGUCCUGCAUCUCGGCCUCGUUCGAGUGCGACGGGGAGCCGGAUUGCAUCGACGAAUCGGACGAAACGGCCUGCGACCGACCGAUGCAGAGCUGCCCGGAGGGCGAGUUCAAGUGCAAGGGUUCACUGGGAGGUCUAAGCGGCCUCGGGGGUCGUUGCGUGCUGAUGCGCUUUCGCUGCGACGGUGAUAACGAUUGUGGCGACUGGAGCGACGAAGAGGGAUGUCCCAAGAAACAGGCCAUGUGCAGCUCGAACGAGUACAAAUGCGACGACGGGGAUUGCAUUCCGGUGCAGUGGCGAUGCGACGACAAGCGCGAUUGCAAUGCCGGGGAGGACGAGAAGGGCUGCCCGGUCGAUAAGCUGGGUGGCCGAACGUGCUCCCCGGAUGAGUACCCGUGCAAGGAUGGACGAUGCAUUCUGCGAUCGUGGGUUUGCGACGGGUCGGCGGACUGCAAGCGAGGGGAGGACGAACAGGACUGCGACUUAAAAUGUGAAGUCAAUCAGUUUGCCUGUCCCACCAACAAACGGAAUAGCUCAAAGGAUUCGCUUUGCAUAAAUCAGAAACACGUUUGUGACAACCACAAGGAUUGCGCGGACGGUGAAGACGAGCUGCGAUGUCCAAUUGUCCACCCUUGUAGUGCCCAUUCAAGGUGCGAACAGCUCUGUGCUACGGCCUACAGUGGCCGCGAAGAGUGUCUGUGCCGACCGGGGUAUCUACUGAAUGGCGACGGCUACAAUUGUAGUGAUAUCGAUGAGUGUUCGAUCGUCAACAAUCCGGUUUGCUCUCAGGAGUGUAUCAACACGAUUGGAAGUUUCCGUUGCUCGUGUAAGCCGGGUUACAUCCUAAGGCCGGAUCAGCGAACCUGCAAAGCCGUUGGUGGAGCUGUUAAGCUACUGAUGGCCAAUCGAGCUGACAUCCGACAGGUUUCUUUGAGUAACAACCAGUUCACAUCGAUCGUUAAGGGUUUGCCGAAUGCCAUCGCAAUCGACUAUCACUAUCAACAGGAUUUGCUCUUCUGGACGGAUGUAUCGAUCGAUGUGAUCAAGCGGUCUUAUCUGAAUGGAACCGGCAUCAAGGAUGUUAUCAAAUGGGGAUUGGAAUCUCCGGGUGGACUGGCUGUUGAUUGGAUUCACAACCUUUUGUUUUGGACCGAUUCGGGAACACGUCGAGUCGAGGUCAGCACCUUUGAUGGGAAGCUACGUGCCGUGAUUGCAGCCAAUGACCUGGACAAACCCCGAGCCAUAGCAGUUCAUCCCGGGAAAGCAACUGUCUUCUGGACCGAUUGGGGAACCAUUCCGAAAAUUGAAAAGUCCUACAUGGAUGGUUCCGAAAGGCAGACUAUCAUAUCGGAAUCCAUAUUCUGGCCCAAUGGUCUAGCAAUCGACUACACUACGAAUCGUAUCUAUUGGGCUGACGCCAAACAUGUCAUCGAAAGUGCCAAUUUUGAUGGAAAAGGCAGGAAGAAGAUUUUGAGUAACAAUCUACCGCAUCCCUUCGCCAUGACCCUUUUCGAGGAUUCGAUGUACUGGACUGAUUGGCAUACUCGAACCGUAUCCACAGCCAACAAAGUCAACGGCCGCGGUUUCCGGGUAGUUCAUGAAGGUCUUCAUUUCCCGAUGGAUAUCCAGAGCUACCAUCCUUCGCGACAGCCGGAUUACACCAACCGUUGUCAACCUGAUCCACAAGGACGUCCAGGUGGAUGCUCGCAUCUGUGUCUACCAAACCGGAACCACAGACGUUGUGCCUGUCCAAUAGGUCUCUCCCUCAAAGGUGACCAGCGAACCUGUUCAAACGUCCCCGACAAACUGCUCUUGAUUGCUCGCAAAAAGGAUAUCCGAGUGCGUCAGCUGGAUCAGCAGAAUCCAACAAAGGGCGUUGACAUGGUCGUUCCCCUUGACGGAAUCAAAUCAAACGUAGCGAUCGAUUGGUGCAGUCAAACGAAUGUCAUCUACUGGACCGACGUCGGCAAGAGCAUCAUCAGCAGGGCGUUCAUCAACGGAAGUCAACAGGAGGCAAUCAUCAAGUCGAACCUCAUGUCACCCGCUGGACUGGCUUUGGAUUGGAUCACCGAUAAAAUCUACUGGACCGAUGCCGGAACUAACCGAAUAGAGGCGGCAACUACCGAUGGCAAGCAGCGAGUCCUCCUGAUCUGGGAAAAGUUGGAUAAACCUAGGGACAUUGUAGUCCACCCGAGUGAAGGCUUCAUGUUUUGGUCCGAUUGGGGAUCAAAUCCAUUGAUUGAACGAGCCGGAAUGGACGGCAGCGGUCGAUUCACGCUGGUAUCGGAAAAUCUUCAGUGGCCCAACGGUUUAGCCCUGGACAUUGAUAACCACCGGUUGUAUUUCGUUGACGGAGGAACCAAAGCCCUAGAAUACGUCAACUUUGACGGAACGGGAAGGAAUCGACUAAUCACCGAAGGCCUCAAGCACCCAUUUGGGCUCGAUGUGUACGAUCGGAAAGUGUACUGGACGGAUUGGGACACCCACAGCAUUCAGGUGGCCGAUAAGCUUACCGGUGCCGAGAGACAUACCAUCCUGGCGAACAAUACGGACCUGAUGGACAUUCGGGUGUUUCACCGGAACCGGAAGGACGUGAGAAAUCCCUGUGGGGUGCGCAAUGGUGGCUGUUCGUACAUCUGCUUGUUGAAUCCAUCCGGGUUCGCCUGUGCCUGUCCGAUUGGAAUCCAGUUGAAUGACAACGGCAAAACGUGUAAGGACGGCCCCUCGAACUACCUGAUCUUUGCGCAUCGCACAGACAUCCGCCAAGUAUCGCUGGACAGUGACUAUCAGAUUGACGUCGUUCUACCGCUGCCACCGAUAUCGAACGCCGUUGCCCUGGACGUGGAUACCCGAACCGGAGACGUCUACUGGGCCGACACCAUCGAGGACGUCAUCAUGCGAUCCUCGGCCAACGGGAUGCGCAUCAAGCAGGUGUUCAGCGAAAGUAUGGACAGCGUCGAUAGUUUGGUGAUUGACUCGAUAGGGCGAAAAAUGUACUGGGCCGAUGCCGGGCGAUGUUCAAUCGAGGUCAGCGAACUGGAUGGCACAAUUAGGACGGUACUGGUUUGGCACGAUUUGGUUCAUCCGAGGGGAAUCGCACUGGAUUACGAUACCGGGUUCCUGUUUUGGUCCGACUGGCGUAAGGAUCCGGUCAUCGAGCGUUCCGAUAUGGAUGGGGAACGGAGGAAAGUUAUUGUGGCUACAGAUUUGGGAUACAUUUGUGGCCUGGCGGUUGAUAGUCAGGAGAAACGAAUUUAUUGGACCGAUUCAAAAGCGAAGACCAUCGAGUCGUGUGAUUUGAAUGGAAACUCGCGGAAGAUUUUGCUGGAGAAUUUACAGCAUCCCUAUGCGUUGGCCGUGACCCGGAAUAUGGUUUACUGGACCGAUUGGCUUAGCAAAGCGCUGCACUCGGUGCCAAAAACGAACAUCAGCAAGGCCCGGAAGGUUGCCAAAGAUCUCGAAGGGCUGAUGGACGUAAAGGUGAUUUUGGAACAGAACGAGUACAGUGAAAAUCCUUGUGGCCGAAACAAUGGUGGAUGUUCGCAUCUUUGUUUGAGGAAACCAAAGGGUUUCUCUUGCAAAUGUCCAACUGGGUUGCUGAUGCGGGAGGGUAGCAGUACCGAAUGUAAAACCGUUCCGGAUGAAUACCUGCUGGUAGCGCUGCGUUCUGGCAUCGGGCGCAUCUCUCUGGACACCCAGGACAUGUAUGAUGUGGUUCUGCCGAUCGAUGGCGUUCAUGGGGUGGUUGCGCUUGAUUAUCACUUCGAUCGGAUGUACAUCUUCUACGCGGACGUCAAUGUCGAUGCGAUCCGGCGGGUCAGCAUGAGCAAUCUGGCCGAUACCAAGGUAAUCGUUUCGAGUGGCCUGAACACUCCAAACGGAAUUGCCGUCGAUUGGUUGGCGGACAAUUUGUACUGGACAGAUGCGGCGCUGAAGAAGAUCGAAGUAUCUCGGUUGGAUGGAAGUUGCCGGAAGGCCGUUCUGACUGGUGGUUUGGACGAUCCCCGAUCAAUUAUCCUGUAUCCGAAGCGUGGUUUCAUGUUCUGGGCUGACUGGGGCCAGGCACCAAGAAUCGAACGAGCUUAUAUGGAUGGUUCGGAACGGCGUAGCAUCAUCGAUUCGGAGCUCGGUUUCCCCACCGGAUUGGCCAUCGACUUUGACAUGAAGCGAUUGUACUGGGCCGACGCUCAGCAGGAUCGGAUCGAAAUGUGUGAAUUCGACGGGAAGAAGCGCACCCGCGUCAUAUCCCAGGCCUCACAUUCGUUCGGAUUGACGCUGACCUCGGGCUACAUGUACUGGACCGAUUGGCACAAUAAAUCGGUCCUUCGAGCUCCGAAACGGGUCGCCGCUCCAGUUGAAGAGGUUCGAUUUGGCCUGAGAGGUGCCCUGGAGAUUCGAUCGGUGUCAGGAAGUCGGCAACCACAUGACAUGAACCCAUGCGGCCAGGACAAUGGCGGAUGCAGUCAUCUUUGCCUGUUUGCUGAGACGCGAUACGUCUGUGGAUGUCCGGACGUCCCGGACGAAACCCACUGUAGCCUAGAACCGUCAUUCAAUGUUCCUAUUCACACCAACAACGAGCUGAGGCCGGCACUCGAAAUCGAAAGCCAGCCACCCAAAUCCAGCGGAUCCAAUAUGCUCUACAAGAAUCAGAUGCACGCUCAAAUCGUUCUGAUCGCAACCGUCGUACUGGCAGUGCUGGUCAUUCUAGUAGUCAUUACUACCAUAGCCCUGCUUGUUAACUGCAAACGGAAACAGAGUAAGAAAACGUCCCGCAGUGGUAGUGACGUGCUGACGUUUACCAACCCCAACUACAACGGGGUCGAUGGGUUGUGCUCGGAGGGAGGCGGCUCGCAGCGAAACACCAUCUGGAAGCGGCUCAAGUACGAUAGGGCGCAGGAUCGAGUGUACGAGGAGAAAUAUCUGGGAUUGCCGCACGGUACAGCAACAACGACUUUGAUCUCACCGGCAUCGUCGUCGCAAAUUUCGUCAGCAUCAGCAGUGUUGCCGAUGUAAAAAGUUAAGUAAGCACGUUGGUUAAAAAAAUCAAAUCAAUUCAAACCAAUUAAGACUUCACAAAAACCAAAAUGAGACAAACAAACACCCGAAAGUGACGAUCAUUUUUCUUGGAAAAAAGAAAUUAGGUAAUAUUUUAAUAACCAAACAAAGACAAAACUACCCGAAAAACGAGAGAGAAUAGAAAAAAAAAUGACGGGAAUGGAACGACGUUCCAGAUCUCUUCCCAAAAUCAAUGAAAAACAUAUUCACUGAAAACAAAAGUACGUUUAAAGUAAUUCAAGGCAGCUAUUCUAGAGAAGAACGAGUCAAAGAGAUGAACAAAACAAAAAAAAACUUAAAAAUAGUAAAACCAGCUAUUAAGAAAUAACUUCACAAAUACACACAUAACAUACAUUCAGUCACUCACACAGCAACAAAAAGCGAGAAAAAUAGUACAGAAUUUCAAACAUGUAAGACAAACAGAAACAGAAAAAAGAAACUUAUAAACGAAACCAAGAUUCAGCAAAUUUUUGCAAAAGCAAAUUUGAAAAUUUCGCACCCAACAAAGAAAGGUUGAUCGCGUGCCACAAAGUGGAAAUGGUGGGGUUAAAGUUAUUUUUAUCCAAUCGAUUUCUCACACAAAAGUAAAAAACUGGAUGGAUAUAAAAACAAAUGCUAUCAAAAAUCAAGAAAAACGCAUUUUUCUCUAGUUUAAAUUGUUAAAAACAGUGAAAGAAUCUAUUAUUUCCCGAUCAUCCCAAUUGAAAAGGAUCAUCCUCAACAAACAUUCAAAUGGCAGCAUGCAAACAUACUUGGUUGUGUAUUUACUAGGGACAAUUUACUUGUUCAUCAUCAUUCAGAUUCUAGUCAGAUAAAUAACGGGGACGAACCUCACAGUAGAAAAGUCAAAAAGGAAACAUCGUUUUGAUGAGAAUUUGUGAUUUUGAGUAGGGAACAGUUAGCACUUUGAUUUUUUUUUUCAAAUUUCUUCAACUUCAACUUUUAACGGGAUUCGAGGAACUUAAAACUACAUAUGAAAUUAAUAAGUUCUAUGAAAUAUAUAUAUUUUUGAGAUUGUUGCGCGUUUUUUAAUCUUCACUACAAGGUCAACAUAAGUCGUAUAAGUUACUAAUUGAUUGAAAAUUUUGGAGUAAUCCAAACCUAACUAAAGUAACAGUUGAAGUUUCAUAUAUCACCAACCUUGUGGAUUUAAUAAUUCUAUGAAAAACCAGAAUACUUUUUUUUUAAGUUUUUGAAAAGUGUCAAUAGAAAUAUCAAUGAAAAUAGAGAAAAAUACAGAUCCAAAUCUGAAAAUUCUUUAUUUUGAACCAAUUUUCAUCUUAAAUAAAAUUGAAUAUCUGAGUUGAGUCAUGUGGAAUUUUAAUUUCAAUCACUUGUUCUGAAUACAGCGGUUUUCAAGUGCAAUGUACAUAACUUUCUAGAGAGUGGCUCCAGAGAGUGAACGCCAAGCCUAUUGGAAAUUCUAUAAUUCUUUGUAGUUUCUACUGAAACAAUUGCUCUGGAUUUUAACAGCAUGUUUUCAGUAAGAUUUAAAAUUAACUGAAGUCAAUUUCGGAUCAAAAUGAUCGAUUUUCCUUCUACAAGUGUCUCAAACAUUGAUAACUGAAGUUCUCAGUUGCAAAAUUACCCAACUUAAGUCAGAUCAAAGCUAAAACCCAAAACUGGUGUAUUGAUAGAUCAAAAUGAAAUGCUUUUAGUAAACUGUUCAGGAAUUUAAUUUAAAAAAAUUAAAACAAUUAUAUUUUGCUAUAACUUUUUUUGUCAAGUUUGAAACAUCUCUAGACUACUAAAUAGAUGAACCAGCUUGCUUGAAGUUUCAAUAAUAAAUAAAUUUAAAAAAAAAACUUUUAAUUUAAUUUAAAAAAUGUAAAAAAAAUGCAUUUUUAGAUCUUAACUUAACUGUAAGUUGUGCAGGUAACAAAAAAAAUUGAUACAGUGAAAUUUUUCAAUUUUUUUCCGUCACAUUAAAAACAUUUCUAGAGACACACUCAAAAGAAAGUAUGGAAACCAAGAAUGAAAAAGAAAAAACCACGCAUCCAAGAUUAAUAUUUCAAAGUUUUUCAAGCUUUCUGGAGUACUUUUUUCAGAAUUUCGUAGCACACUAUCAGUAGCAUUGAAAUUUGCUGGAGUAACUUUCAAUUUCUGAUUGAAUUGAACGUUGCUCCAGACGAAAGUUCGAAAUACUGACAACAUUUGAAUGAAAAAAAAUAUUCACAAAACUUAAAAAUAUUUAACGAAAAUUUGCUCACUGAAAUUUUAACAAAGCUACAAACUGUGAAAGAUUUGAAAAAGAAGUGAAACAGUGAAAUUUUGCUAUUUUUUGUCACGUUAAAAAUAUCUCUAGAGCAACACUCAAAUAAAAGUUGGAAACCAAAAAUUUGAAAAAAAAAUCAUGCAUCGAAAAUAAAUAUUUCAAAAUUCUUCGAGUUUUCUGGAGUACUUUUUCUUUCAGAUUUGAGCAUCGACAUUCAGCUAAAGUAUAUUUCAAUAUCAGAUUGAAUUGAACAAUUUCAGACAAAAUUUGAUUGAAAAAAAAAUACUCACACAACUUAAAAAGAUGUAACAAAAAUGUGCAGCCUUAGAUCUCAACUAAGCCGCAAACUGUUCAGAAACUGAAAAAAAAAAUUUAAACAGUUAAAUUUAGCAAUUUUUUUUGUCGUUUUUUCAUUGAAAAUAUCUCUAGAGCCACACUCUAAAGGGAGUUUGAAACCAAGAAUUUAAAAGUAACAACCACGUCUCCACGAUAAAUUUUUCAAGGUUUUCGAACUUCGUGGAGCACUUUUUCCAUAUUUCCGUAGAAAAUUAUCAGUAGCAUUGGAAUUGAGCUGAAGUAACACUCAAUUUCAGAUUUAAUUUAACGUUGCUCCAGACGAAAGUUCGAAAUACUGACAACAUUUAAUUGAAAAAAAAAAUUAACACAACUCAAAAAAGUAACGAAAAAUUUCACCCUUAGAUCUUCAAUAAGCCUGCACCGAAAUGAAGUUAUGAUCAUUUUUAUGAUUUGUUUUAUCUGAAAUUUGGCUACAAUUCUAUUUUAAAAAAACCUUCAAACCUUCAAACAAAACAAUUUGCAUAAAUUCUAACAGAAUUUUUUUCCGAAACCUGAGGCGAAGUAAGAUGCAGUAAUAUUGAAAUUGAACUGAAGCUACUUUUAAUUUCAUAUUAAGUUGAAAAUUGCUUCAGUAGUUAAUUCUCAAUACUGACAUUCGCUACUAAAUCGAGCACCUUUAACCAUCAGAUGUUGUUCUCAUUCCACUGAAAUGUUUAAAUUCGGAAACAAAUUCAUUCCACUUGAAAACCAAUUUAAAAUAAGCUCAGAGAUUGCCAGCUUAGUAUAAAAUUAGAAAUAAUAAUCAAAAUCACUGGUUGCCCAAUUCUAACUGGCGAUGCCAUUUGAAUCUUGUGAAAAUCUUGGAAAAUAAGAAAAAUUUACUAAAACCCCACAAAACUGCAAUCAUUGAAAUUCUUUGAAAAAUAAGAAAAAUGUAAUUCUUCUUGCAGUUGCUUAAUUACUUUAAAUCUAACAGCAACAAACUUUCUCAAAGAUUCAGAUUUUUGUUGAAAAUUAUCUGUAGCAUUGAGAUUCAGCUGAAACAACCUUCAAUUUCAGAUUGAUUUCAACGUUGCUCCAGACGAAACUUCGAAAUACUGACAACAUUUGUUUGAAAAAAAUAUUGACACAACUCAAAAAGAUAAUUUGCAUAAGUUCUAAAAGCGAUUUUUCCCGAAACCUGAGGCUAAGUGUCAGUAAGAUUGAAAUUUAACUGAAGUGACUUUCAAUUUCAUAUCAAGUAGAAAAUUGCUCCAGUAGAAGGUGCUCAAUACUGAUAUUUACUAGUAAAAAUUGAAAUCGAAAAAAAAUAUAUCAAUUGAAAAUCAGUAGAAAAUCAAUUCUUAGAUCGCUCUGAACCAAGCGAGUGUAAAAUAAGAAAUUUAAAUCAAAACUAUGAACUCUGGUUGCCCAAUUCUAACUGGCAAUGCCAUUUGAAUCUUGUAAAAAAAAACUCUGAAAAUUGGCAAAAAAACACUAAAACCCACAACUUAUUGAAAUUCGAAAAACAAUUUUAAAAAAAAAAUGCAGUUGUUAAAUCACUUUUAAGUCCAACAGCAGCAAACUUUCUCAGUGAUUCAAAUUUUCGUAGCAAAUUUUCAGUAGCAUUAAGAUUCAGCUGAAGUAACUUUCGAUUUCAACAAUUCAAAAGUUUGCACCCUUAUAUCUUUACUAAGCCUGUACCAAAAAAAAAUUGUUGGUCAUUCUUAUGACUACUUUUAUCGGAAAUUUGGCUGCAUUUUUUUUUUAACUCUCUAACCAAAAAAAAUUGCCUAAAUUUUAACAGAGAUUACUCUCUGAACCUGAAGCAAAGUGUCAGUGAGAUUGAAAUUCAACUGAAGUAGCUUUUAAAGAAGUUGAAAAUUGCUCCAGUAGAAGGUUCUCACUAUUGAGAUUUACUACUAAAUUGAGCAAUUUCAACAACCAGAUGUCGUUCUCAUUCUAGUUCGGAAGGUUCGUAAUCGAAACAAAAAUACAUCCCCAUCAGUUGAAAAUAAUCUCAGAGAUUGCUGACUAAGUAAAAAAUUAGACAAAUCAUUCAAAAUUAUGAUCACUGGUUGCCCAAUUCUAACUGCGAUGCCAUUUGAAUUUUGUGAAAAAACUCUGGAAAUUGACAAAGAAAAAUUCUAAAACUUGCCAAAACUCUUAUUAUUGAAAUUCCUUGAAAAGUUAAUAAAAAAAAAUUAAUUGCAGUUUCUCAAUCACUUUUAGAUUUAAAACAAUCAAUUUUCUGAGAAAAAAAAUAGGUGGAAUGAAUAAAAAAGAAUAGAAAUUGCUUCGGUAGCUUUCACUUCGCUCUAAUUUAGGAAUGGAAAAAUUUGAAAGCAUUUACUCGAGGUGGCAUUAAAAAUUCUGAGAUACAUUCACAAAAAUUAAAAAAAAAAUUCAUGCCAAUUUAAGUAUUUGACUCCCUAAAUUUCUCUAAAAUAGAAAAACGAACCAUAAAGUUUCAAAUCAUUAAAAUUUCCCCUAAUUUUAGCAAAUACAACUCUUCCGAGGGUGGCUCCAGAUAAUGAGUGUGUAGAGUAAGCUUGCCAGAUUGCCCGGUUUUACUCGGACUUGCCCGGAUAUUUGACACAAAAUUUGAACUGCUCGGAUUUCGUUAAGAAUAGUCCGGAUUUAUUCACUUAUUUACAAAGUGAAACAAGAAACUUAUGAUGAGUUCUUGAUUUUUUUUUUAAAUUUUUCGUUAAAAAAAGAAAUUUUUGAGCAAGUUUUGUCAAAAUAACGAAGAACGGUUUUCUGGAACCAAAAAAUAUGAGAAAUUUAAAACUUGCUGAUCUCUUUCGAUAGAGUAAGUUUUUUUUCAAGAAUUUAUCUUCCUGAUUUUUUUUUUGCGUUGUUCCUGGAUUUUGACCGAAUUUUCCCGGAUAUUGCCCGGAUUUUCUGUAAAACUUUCGAUAUCAAAUGCCCGGAUAUUGCCAGAUUUUUAAAUAAAAUAGUCUGGAUUUGUCGGGCCCAGAGGCAUAUGGGAAAAUUUUUUGAAACCUUAGUGUAUUAAUAUAAAAAUACUGUGCUAAGAUUUAUCGAAUUUGAACAAAAUUUGAAAUAGAACUCGCUAAAUAGAAGUCAUAAGGCCAUAUCUUGAGAGCAAGGUUGACGAAAUCACAGAAAAAUCUGUAAUUUCACAGAAUUUUGAGCAAAUUUUCAUCACAGAAUCUGUGUUACAGAACACAGAAUUUUGAAAUUUUCACAGAUUUCACAGAAUUUUUAAAUCUUGAACGGAUUUCUGAAAUUAUAUUUUUUUUGACAAUAUAAAAUUUAGAUUUCUUACUUUGAAUUAGAAAAGUAUGAUAAGAUUGGUAAUGGUAAUUGAUUUUGCCCAAAUAAAAUGUGAAAAAGACCCAAUUUAUCAUGAAUUUUCUAUGAAGUUUAAGAAAAUAGCAUCACAGAAAUCCAUCACGGAAUUUUUGGGUAAAAUCACAGAAUGUCAGAAAUUUUUUCUCAAAAGCACAGAUUUUUUUUCGGCAACCUUGCUUGAGAGUCACGUGACGUGACUCACAUUAGUUUGAACUUCUAUUAAAAAAGAAUAAUUGCCAAGAAAAAUUGUCCACUCAAUAGUCAAUAGUAAAUUUCUCGAGCUACUUGAAAAGUAAAUUAUGCACAUAUACCUACCAAAAAAAAAUUAUGAAUAUUUUUUUAUCCACUCUACCUUCAACAAAUUCAGAGGCGACAAUUCAGACAAAACAAGCUGAACCAAAUGCCCAAUAAAAGCAUUUUCUGUAAAGCAGAUCAUGUUAAAACAAACAUUCUAAUUUGCAUUUUUUCCACUGUGCUUUUUUUCAGAAACUGCUGUUAGAGUAGCAGUAAAAAUUGAGUCGAACUGGAGUUACCUUCAGUUUUGAAUCAAGUUGAGCGUUUGCUCUUGUCGAAAGUCCUAAAUGGUGAAGACAAUUUCUGUUACCAAGCCGUAGAAAAAACUCCGGUAGAAAAAAAUUAUCUCAAAACACUCUCUGGAGACACAGCUUAAAUGGAAGUUUCUACCAGAUGAGUGAGUGAAAUUUUUACAUCUGUUUCAUCAUCAUAUAAGUAGGAGAGCAUGAGGAUUCUUGAUUCCUAAGUAACAUAUCGAAACUGGAAUGUCUUGCAUAGAUCAAAUGUUCAAGAGAAAAAUUUGCCAAAUAGAACAAAACAACAAACCUGAUAUUUAUAAUAAAAAUAAGUUUUAUUUUUUAAGUUAUUGCACUUUGUUUGAAAAAUCUAACAAAAUGUGACUUGAAGAUCGUUUUUUAUCACUUUAAAAUGUUUCCCACACGAAAAAAAAUUAUGAUAAAAAUAUCUAUUCCAAUAUGCCAAUCGUUAAAGCAUAAUAUGAACUGCCCAAUUUUCAAAGCUAUAGCCAAUUUUUUAAAGAAAAGGUUUUUCAAAAUAAAUGUUAUUGGUAAAAUUGAUCCCUAGAGCUCAAAAUGGUAUAUUUCUCUUCUGAAUGGAUCCUGAUCAUUGAUUAUCUCGAAAUUACUAAUAUUUGUCCUAUGACAGAUGUUGAUUCAGCAUUUAUCUGUUAAAAAUUUCUCUUAAAACGGGUAAAACGCCUUAAAGUAUGCAAUGAAACUAGAGGAGUUGACAAACUUUUAGAAUUCCCGGUGAGGAUUAAAGAGUUGAAAUGAAAGACGGAUAGAAGAUCAGAAGAAAAUUCUAAGGUGGUGAAAAGAGCGAAGAGCAUUUGAAAUAGAAGCUUGACCACAUGCCGAACGGCACAUGUGCACAUUCACAUAGCGGUCGAACCAUCCAUAAUUAACUGUAUCGAAAAAUGUAGUGCCUUCUCUAUUGGGUACUACUUCUUCAAUACAGUUAAUUGAUGCGGGACAAAGAAUUUAGCAUGUGGUCAAGCUUCUAUUUCAAAUGCUCUUCGCUCUUUUCACCACCUUAGAAUUUUUCUUCUGAUCUUCUAUUCGUCUUUCAUUUCAACUCUUUAACCCUCACCGAUAAAGCCGCAAAUUCAUUUCAUAAAACAAAUUCACGGUGAUUUCUCCUCUUAAAAUUUUAGAAUUCCCUUCGCCUGAAAAUUGUAAACUGUGAAAUAAGAACUCAUAUGGCAAAAAAAUAGUCAACGGACCAUUUAUCUUUGUGUUUUGCUAGAUUUUUGCCGAAGCUUAAAAAACCUAAAGCCAAUUUAACUUCCAAAAUAUCACUAUAUUUUUAGUCCCAAGAAAACGCUUCUAGUUCAUCUCCGGGUUCAUGUAUCGAUCUAACUUUAGGAGCAUAUAAACUUGAAAUUACACACUGUCGGAAAAUGCAAAAGUCGGCGAUCUUUAAUUAAAAAAAAGAAUGAUGAAAAUUAGACAAAGGUAUCAAGUAUUUCCAUUCUCCCCAAUAUUUUGAAUUCAAAUUGUUGCAAUUUCAUGCAAAUUAUGAAAAAGCUUCCUGAUGUUACAUUAAAUUGGACCACUGAAAAAAACAUUUUUUUAAGGGAAUCCAAAUUUUAAAAAAUGCAAGUUCAACAUCAUAUUAUAUCAUGAUUUGUCUGUAUAAACCAAUUGAGCAUUUCUGAGUUCCAAAAGGAAAAAGGAAUUAGGAAAAAGAGUGAUAUGAUAAAAGUUACUAACAUACUUCUUGUUCAAGUGAGACUGAUCAAGACAUUCCACAGCUUAAGUGUUUAAAAAUUCACAAAAAAUUUACUCGACAAUUAAUCAGUAGGAAGUUAUCAUGAAAAUGUUUCGAAAGUUUUGUAAGAUGAAAACAUUUUUGAGGCAGAAAAAUUCAACUUUGAGAAUCUCUUGAAAUUUCAUAUUUUUUCAAAAACAACUUCAAAAUUGUCAACCGAAUUGUGAGCUUGUAAAUAUGUGAUUAUCACUUUUUCAAAAUUUUCUCUGGAGUCGAGUUUUAAAGGAAAAAAAUGGAAUAAGGAAUAAGGGGGGUAUGAUAAAAGUCAUCAACAUACUUAUUCUUCAAGAGAAACUGAUCAAGACAUUCCACAGUUCAAGUGUUUAAAAAUAUUUAAACAAUUUUUCUUGACAAUGAAUGGUGAUGAGUUGAGCAUGAAACUGUUUCGAAAGCUUUGUAAGACGAAAACAUUUUCGAAACAGCUAGAUUCAACUUUGAGAAUCUCUUGAAAUUUCAUAUUUUUUCAAUAUCAACUUCAAAAUUGGCAACCGAAUUGUGAGCUUGUAAACAUGUGAUUAUCUUGAAGGAAAAAAAAAAGCACAAUAGAGAAAUUCAAUUUUUCACUUCACUUUUCCAGUAAACUAUCUCUGGAGCCACGUUUUCGGAAUUCCAAAAUGAAAAAAAAUAAUAAGGAAAAAGAGGGGUAUGAUAAUAGUCACCAACAUACUUCUUGUUCAAGAGAGACUGAUGAAACAUUCCACAGUUUAAGUGAUUAAAAAUAUUUAAACAAUUUUACUUGACAUAGAAUGAGUAUGAAGUAAGCAUGAGAAUGUAUCGGAAACUUUGUAAGGCGGAAACAUUUUUGAGACUGCAAGAUUCCUCAUUGAAAUUUUAUAUUUAAAAAAAAUCAACUUCAAAAUUGACAAUCGAAUUGUGAGAUUUAAUAUAUGUGAAUAUCUUAAAGGAAAAAAGGACAGUUGAGAGAUUCAAUUUUUCACUUACAGUAAGUUAUUUCUGGAGCCACGUUUCUGGAAUUCCAAAAGUAAAAAAGGAAUAAGGAAAAAGAGGGGUAUGUUAUUUUCAUAAUAAAACCUCACAAAUGCUCUUUACUUCAUAUUAUCCUGGGAAAAUUUAUAUAAAAUAUUGAUUGUUUAAUGAAAAUAAACCAUCCUGAUCAUUUAAACUCUUUACAAUCAAUAACUAAGUUGGCAGAAUACUAUUUCUGGUCUUGGUACAAUCAGUGAUGAAUAGUUAUAUAAGUUUUUUUUUUCAAAUGAAAAAAUAAUCACUCUGUUCGUCACAUUACAACUCUUUUCUCUCAGUUUGUAUCACUUUUCCUAUGAGAUCAUGUUAUUCAGGUAAGACAUGCGCUUUAGUGAUAAGUAUGAUUUUCUCUUUGAAAAAAACCUUUAAAAAUCGUCAGAAAAAAUAAAUUGUUCUAGACCCCUCGAUGGAUUAUUUCAAAUUUGAUCUCAAAUGAAAGGGAAAAGUCAAAGUUUUCGAAUGGUGCAAAAAUAAGCUUUCUCAUUUUCGAAGAAUAAAGUUUUCUUCCAGAAACACCGUGGAACAGCAUCAAUUUCAAGAUUUAAGAUUUCAACCAAUAUUCGUAAAAAGUACUCCUUGGACUUUUGAAGAUUUUAAGAUUUCACUCAAAUGUUAUUCAGAAAUUAAAUUUUAAAAUAUAUAUAUUUUUUGUAAAGCAUUUAUUGAGCAUUAUUUAAAAAAAAAAGUUCCUGACUUUGGGUGGUUUCUUUGGGAGAAAUUACUAUCAACUUCAAAACGCGUUUGUUACAAUAAAAUUUCCCGGAAAAUAAACCUUUUUCAGUUUCGAGUUUUACUCAAUCAGCUUUGGAUUUGAUCAGUUUUGGCACCGUCGAGCUAUAAGGUGGCUCCAGAGAGAGAUGAGAAGUUGUUUUGCAGUUUUAUAUAUGUAUCGAGUUCAACUCAGUCCUAUUUUUUAUCCAUGCAGCCUUCGAAUUUAUAGCAGAUAUUUUUUUUUUGUGUUCUUUUUACAUAUUAAAGUGGCUCCAAAAAGAAAGAGAGUUAUGAUUGUUUUUUUAAUUGCCAUUGGAUGAUAUCCAUUUCUGAAGCAACAAUUGCUUCGAAAAACGCGGCUAAACGUCUAAUUUUUAUAGGUUGUCUUUUAAGUUCAAUUCCAAACGCCAAUUUUUUUUCGAAUCCUAAAAAUCUUGUGCUUAAAUUUCAAAUUUAAACACAAUUUCCUUUUGGUGAGCUGAUUCUCUUAUUCCAGUUUUGCUUGCUGUUGCCUACACAAAGGCGCUUUAUUUUUACUGAACCCAUGAAGAAUUUCAUUGACAUUGCAGGCGUUUUUCUCAACGCGUCUCAUCGUUUUAUCUAUCAGAAUGUAGAACAUUACAAAAAAAAAUUCUCAAUAGUUUUAACUAUAAUUCGUACAAAAUUUUCAUCAACACUGGUACAAAGUAUAAUUUGUGAUUAACCUUAUGACAGAAAUAGGUAUUUAAAAAAAUCCAAAAUUUCAUUCAAUAUUUGUCUCAAUCCUAUUCGAAACGAUAAAAAAUUUUACAAAUUUUAAAAAAAUUUGUGUCAAACUUUCACAUUUAAACACAAUUUCCUUUUGGGGAACUAGUUUUAUCAUAAGGUUUCCACUUUAUUUGUCAAAUCAAACGUAAAAAAAAGUUUUGUAGAUUUUUUUUUCUUAUUUAUGCCUCCAAAACCAAUUUUUUCGAGCAACUUUAAAAAAAAAAAUCAUGGUAGGUUUUUUGGAAGCCUUCAAUACGAUCUGAAAUCUGUCAGAAAGUUUUGAUGAUUUUUUUUUAAUUUUUUUUUUGUUGAGUAAUUUUUGAAUCUUGACAAAAUUUGCCCGGGUCUUGCCCGGAUUUUUGGACGUCAAUUUUGAAAUCAAAUGCCCUGAUUUUGCCAGGUUUUUGUAUACAAUUUCCCGGAUUUGUCCGGUACGGACAAGUGCUGAAAAAAUUCUGGCAACCUUACUUUAUCAUUCCAAAUUUACUAGCUGUUGCCUACACAAAGGCGCUUUAUUUUCACUGAAUCUUUGAAGAAUAUCUUUGGCAUUGCAGGCGUUUUUCUCUAGGCGUUUCAGCGUUUUAUCUAUCAGAGUAUAGAACUUUACAAUUAUUUGUUUUUCAAAAAAAUGGAAUUAACUAAUGUUUGUACAACAUUUAUAACAACACUGGCACAAAUUAUGAACACAGAUUUCGAUUUUUGCUAAUCUUACGAUAGAAAUAUUGAAAAAAAAUGCCAAAAUUCCUUUCAUUAUUGAUCUGGCAAAUUGUUCGACAAACGCGGCUGUUUUAUUGUUUUAUGGUUGUCGUUUUGAGUCAAUUUUGAAAAUACAAAUAUUUUUUCGAAUCUUUAAAAUGUUGUGCCUAAUUUUCAAUUUUAAACACAAUUUCCUUCUGAAUCAAAGCUAUCGAAAGAUUCCCUUUAAUUCAACCACGAUAAAAGAAAAAUUCAGAUACCGGUAUUUCGAUAGCAAAUUACAAUCUUCUUCAGUGAACGUUUUCGAUUGAAAUACCGGUAUCUGAACUUUAUUUUUAUAGUGGUUGAAUUAAAGGGAAUCUUUCGAUUGCUUUGAUUCAGUAGAAUUAUUCAACGAAGUAGGCUCACAACACAUAUUUCAAUUUCCAUUUUGUGAAAUGAUUUCCUCUUUCCAAUUGUACUAUCUGUUGCCUACACAAAGGCGCUUUAUUUACACUGAAUCUAUGGAGAAUUUCUUGGAUAUUGCAGGAGAUUUUUUGUUCUAGGCAUCGAAGCAUUUUAUCUAUCAGAAUAUAUAACUUUACAAAACAUUUUAUUGCUCAAUGGUGUGAACUAUAAUUCGUACAACAUUUUCAUCAACACUGGUACAAAUAAUGAGCUAAGAUUUCGAUUUUUGUUUAACCUUACGACAGAAAUAUUUUGAAAAAAAAAGCCAAAAUCCCAUUCAAUAUUUGUCUGAUCUCAGGAUUGUUAAAAAUUAAUAAAAUUAUUGUUUGAAAAGAUCUUCAAAGUGCUACUGCUUACCGAAAAUUGGAAAAAAAGAGAGAGAACGCUUCACAAAUCUUAGCCGAUUGAUCCACGGAGAUUCAACCAUUAGAGAAUUUGGAAAAAAAAAUUAAAAAUAGUCCAGAAACAUAAACUUUCCUUUCACCAACAAACAAUCAACACUAAAAAAACAGUCAACCACACCACUAAACCGAAAACGAGGAAACGUUAACCGCAAAAUAGAAGUACGUUAAGAUGAACGAAUAGAGCAGCAAAAAAAUGAAACAGAAAAUCUUCACACAAAAGAGAAGAGGAAAAACAAGCAAACAAAUAUAUAUAAAUAAAAAUAUAUAUAUAUAUGAAUGUUUUAUAUAUUUCUAGUUUUAUACAUAUCCUGCAGAAGAUGAAAUAGCAAAAAAGGUUAAAAUCUAAAAAAAAAUAAACAAACAAAACAACAAGGGAAAAUUAAAUGGAGAAAACCUGACAAACUUUAAAUUUCCACGAUGAAAGUUUACGGAGUUUUUAAAGUGAGAUUAAGAAUUUUUUUUCGUUUGGGAAAAACAAGCUUUUCAAUCCAUUUCAGUUGGCUUAGUUCAAAAAGUUGUUUGGAAUCAUUUUGAAUUAAAUUUAAAAUCCUCUCUUCAGUAAUUCCAUUGAAAUCUAAUUGACGAAAAGGCUGUGUGACAUUUAUAAGAAUGUUAAUAACAAAAAAACAAAAUAUAUAUACAAACAUAUUUUGCAUUAUUCGUUAGUAUUCUGAGGAGAAAGUAAGAGAGAGAAAGGGUGGGGGGGAAAUUGAUUUGUAAAACAAAACGGAAAAAAAUGUUGUGUUCCGGUUCCGAUUGAGUACAAGUUUUGUAAGAAGUUUUUUUUUUCACAAAGGAAAACGUUUAAAAAAAAAGUAGAUAAAUGAAUGCCAGAUUUGAUCUGCAUGUCUGUGUAAAUAACCAAAGCUAUUGAUCGAAACUGAGAUGAGAUUAAAACUUCCUUUUGUACUAAAUUAUUUUGAGAGAAAAAUCGUUUUUUUUUUUUUUAAGGAAUAAAUAACAAAAAGAUGGGUACUGAACUUUUUUUUGUUUUCAAAGGGCAACAACUCAAUGAUUUAAUCCCUGCAGAUACAGAAAACAAACAAAAAAAGACGUAUAGAAUUAAGUUGUACGUGAGCAGUUUUCAAAACAAAACCAAACCCAACACGUCAAAUGAGGAACCCAAUCAAACGAAUACAAAACUAAAAUCAUCAACUAUGAUAACUUUAAGGUUAAAAACGAAGGCGAACGAAAUUUGCUAUAGAGUAAAACUCAACCCAAAGGCUCAAGAUUGGAAGAAUUUUACCGGAAGAACUAAACGAAACCCAACAAGCUCGAAAUCGUUUGUGUAACGAUUUUCUGGGCUUCUGUACUCGGCGUCUAUGUCAUAAGAUAAGGGAAUUGGAAAGAGGAAUGUAAAAUUUAGAAGAAGAAAAAACCAAAAACCGGAAGCUGAGCGAGUCAACUGAGCGAACGAAUUUUAAUGGAAUGGAUUGUGAAGAGUUUCGGAAAUCACACUGGACUCUAGAAAGAUUCAACAAAAAGCUGGUGUAAACGUGUUAAUUCCAGGUAAAUUUAAACUUAAAUUAAAAAAAAACCACUAGUGUAAAUAAGAGGGAAAAAUCUUCUCAGACAUAAGAAAACGGUGGAAAAAUGCAAAAAGUUCGAAAGCUCAAUCUAGACUUUUGCACACUCUCAACACAUCUGGUGAAUCUGAUUGAUCAUCUAUAGAAAGUAAGUUGAAUAAAAUAAAGAAAAAAAAACAAGUGAAACAGCGUGCCAAAACUUAAGCCUGCCAUCGAGGUCGUUGUAAAGCUAUUGGAUUGACAAAUUGAAACCGGAAAAAAUACGAUUAAAGGUGUUGACUUUCUCAACUAACUUUUUUUAAAUAUAUUUAAAAUAGAGAAACUUUAAUUUUAAAAACGAAAAACUAAAAAAAACUUUUAAACAGAUUUGUUAAGAGGCAUUGCCUAACUAAAGGCGCUUAAUUUUGACUGAUAAAGAUCGAAAAAAAAAUUGGAACUUUAAGAAUUUAAAAACAUUUAGGCGAUUUCUACAGCACUACAAGCACUGAAGCUAUCGAAAUUCAUUUUGCAAUUCACGGAGAAAGAGUUUUACAAUGAUUAAAAUAAAAAAUCGGGUUAAAGAUUCAAAGAUGAAAACUAUGUUUAUAAACGCAAAACAAAAUUUUACAUCUUUAAAUCAGAAUUCAGAAAAAAAAAUUCAAAAUUUGAGCGUUAAAAAUUCAGAU